AGCUCACCUGCAACAAGUUUUAGCCAAAGCUAGCUGUCGAUAUGGUCACCAUCAUGGCUCAUCACAGGCCACGACCAGUCGUGUUGCAUCUGCUCAUAUAAAUCCACCUUGUAGUCGUCAUGUGCUCUCUUCGCCCUUCUUCUGCUGGUGGCAACCACAUCUUUGCCACGCCGCCAUUGUUCCCGGGCAGGUGCCUGCCCGAUCAGGCAUCGGCGUUGCUCCGGCUAAAACGGUUGUUCGCCACCACCAGCAAAAACACCACAGCGUUCCGGUCAUGGAGGGCCAGCACGGACUGCUGUGGCUGGGCAGGUGUCCGCUGCGGUGAUGCCAAAGGCCACGUGGCUUCUCUUGACUUGGGCAACCGUAGGUUAGAAGUGGAGGCCUCGACCCUGUACUUUUCUAUCUGACCUCUCUUGAUAACCUAAACCUCACCUACAAUGACAUCAACGGGUCGCAGCUCCCAUCAAGUGGGUUUGAGCGCCUCACCCAUCUCAACUUCUCUAGUUCUAACUUUUCUGGCCCGGUGCCAACCAGCAUCGGUAGCUUGACAAAUCUAGUAUCCCUCGACCUCUCUACUGGUUUUGAAACUACUGAGCUACUCUCUGAAGUUUAUUGGAUGCGUCGAGAUUCAAAUUAUGGGCUCACAGUGCAAAACAUUGAGACCUUAAUCACAAACCUUACCAAUUUAAGGGAGCUACACCUUGGCUUGGAGGACCUAUCCAGCAUCGAGACGCACUGGUGCAAUGCCAUAGCCAAGUCCUGUCCGAAACUUUAGGUUCUUAGCUUACCAUUUUGUCAUCUCUCAGGUCCAAUUUGUAGUUCACUUCAUAGCUUGCACUCCCUUGCUGUUAUUGACCUACAAUAUAGUCAUUUGUCAAGUCCAAUCCCAGAUUUCUUGACCAACUUCUCCAAUUUGAGUGAUCUCCAACUUAACCGCAAUUACUUUUAGAGAUGGAUCUCAUCGGCAAUCUUUGAACACAAGAAACUAGUGACAAUUGAUCUUUACUACAAUCAUGAAAUUUCUGGUUACUUGCCAAAUUUCUCAACUAGUACUAAUUUGGUCAAUCUAAAUGUUGGUAGAACCAAUUUAUCGGGCAUAAUACCAGUUUCAAUUGGCAAUCUUGUAUCUUUGAGGAAGCUAGGCCUUUGUGCAAGUGGGUUUUUCGGAUAGGUACCCUCAUCAAUUGCUAAUCUCAAAUCCUUGAGUGCAUUACAGAUUUCUGGACAGGGAAUAGUAGGGUCCAUACCAUCAUGGGUUUCAAACCUAAAAUCUUUGACGACUCCCCGAUUCUAUGAUUGUGGCUUGUCAGGAUCACUACCUUCUUUCAUAGGUGACUUGAGGUAUUUGAGAAAUUUAGCGGUGUGCAACUACAACCUUUCAGGACAAAUUUCGUCAUCUAUUUCAAACUUAACACAAUUGCAAGUAAUAUUGUUAAAUUCAAACAAUUUCUCUGGCACGAUGGAGCUUACCUCUUUUAGGAAAGUGCCAAACCUUAUUACCUUGGACCUCUCUGAUAAUAAUCUAGUUGUGGUAGAUGGAGAAGAUAACUCUUCACUUGCAUCGUUGCCCAAAAUCGGAUUCUUAUCUUUACAAGGUUGCAACAUGUAUGAAUUCCCUAAUUUUUUGAGGCACCAAGAUGAAAUCCGCUGGAUUGACCUUUCAGAUAACCAAAUCCACGGGGCUAUACCGUAGUGGGUAUGGGAGACUUGGAAACGUCUUUUCGUUCUAGAACUAGGGAACAAUAAUAUUACAAGUAUUGGUUACUCCCCUUUUCUUCCUCUACCGAUAGAGAAUUUAGAUCCUAGCGACAACAUGUUUGAGGAGGCCAUACCAAUACCUCAAGGCUCUGCAGGAGUGCUCGAUUACUCAAACAACUAGUUCUCAUCAAUACCUUCUAAUUUCAGUUCUCAUCUUAGUGAUGUUGCCCUCUUUACAGCUUCUAGGAACAACUUAUCUGGAGAAAUUCCAUCAUCCUUUUGUGCUGGAACGAGUAUACAGCUCCUUGAUCUCUCUUACAACAACUUCAGCGGUCCAAUCCCUUCUUGUUUGAUGGAGAAUGUUAAUGGGAUGCAGUCAUUAUACUUAAAAGAAAAUCAACUGCACGGAGAGUUCCCAGACAAUAUUAGGGAAGACUGCUCCUUUGAGGCAUUAGAUUUCAGUGGCAAUUGGAUUGAAGGGCAGUUGCCUAGAUCUCUGGUUGCUUGCAAAAACUUGGAGGUCUUUGAUGUUGGAAAUAAUAAAAUCAGUGACUCUUUUCCAUGUUGGAUGAGUACACUUCAUAAACUUGAAGUCCUUGUCCUCAGAUCCAACAGGUUAUUUGGACAGGUCGCACAAUCUCUUGCAGAAGAAAAAAGUACUUGUGCAUUUCCAAGGGCAAAAAUUAUUGAUCUAUCCUCAAACAGCUUCUAUGGCACAUUGCCCCAAGACCAAUGGUUUAAGAAUUUGAUGUCAAUGAUAUUUAGGGAUCCAAAUACGUCAUUGAUCAUGGAUCAUGAAUUGCCAGGAGUGACAAUGACCUAUGAAUAUACCGCUGCAAUCAUAUAUAAGGGACAUGAUAUCACCUUUGCGAAGAUACUAACAACACUUGUAUUCAUUGAUUUCUCCAACAAUGCUUUCUAUGGUAGCAUCCCUGCAGCUAUUGGGGAGCUUGGUUUGCUACAUGGGCUCAACAUUUCACAUAACUUUCUCACUGGGCCGAUUCCAUCUCAACUCGGUUAUUUGAACCAAUUGGAAGCUCUGGACCUGUCCUCCAAUGAGCUUUCUGGGGAGAUCUCACAGGAGCUAGCAUCGUUAGACUUUCUCACAACAUUAAACUUGUCCGACAACAGGUUGAUGGGAAGCAUGCCGAUGUCGCCUCACUUCUUGACAUUCUCCAAUAGCUCAUUUAUGGGAAACAGCGGUUUGUUUGGGCCUCCAUUAUCAAAAGAGUGCAUCAACACAACAACAACAACUAUGGUGUCACAUCGUUAUGACAAAAAAUAUGUGGACAUUAUGUUGUUCCUCUUUUCUGGAUUGGGAUUUGGUGUAGGGUUUGUGAUUGCAAUUGUAGUGAUGCAGGGAAUCCCCAUUAGAAAAUGA